CUGUCAACAAACACCACCCAAUAUCAACAUCAAACAUGUCCGAGGAAGAACCCAGGAGUAUCCGCGCGCUAUUCUUGACUGCCGAGCGCCUCCGGCAAGACCUCUCCACCGGGCCCGACUCAAACUCUCCCACGUUCCAAGAAGCCCUCUCCACCGCCAUCGCCACCUACGAGCAAUGUCUCACGCUCUCGCAAAAAGUCUCUCUCUUCUCGCCAAACGAGACUCUAGAAGACGUCUCGUCGAAUGAUCUACAGUACAUGUCCAUCUGCUAUCACUUGGCAGAGCUCGUGCAGAAGCUCCGGAGCAGCGGUGGGGUGCAAGAGCGGAAGAAGAAUUUGCUGCGCGCUAGGGAUCUCUAUGAGCGGUUUUUGAAGUUGCUGGAUUCGUACGAUGUGCUUGGCAAGGCGAAUGCGAGGUUAUUGGAGGCGUAUCUAGAAGAUAGGGAGCAGUUUUCUACGGCGGGCGCGCGGGAUGCUGCCGCGCGGAGGGAGGCGAAGAUAGGGCGGUUUCGCGAGGAGAAGGACUUGAAGAGGAAGUUGGAGUAUCUCCAGCGAAAUCCCAAGGUCGCAGAACAGGACGAGCAAGCAGUCCGGGAGCUUCAUCUAACGAAUCUAGCUUUCAUGGUGCAUCAGACGUUCGCAUCACUGGAGUCUAUGGCGCAGGAACUGCACAUCAUAUCCCUUGCGCCAUCCGCGCCACCACAGGGUCCGAACGCCAACGCACCCACACUAGAUGCGCGGCAACAAAACAAUAACAACCCCCAAAACCGCGACACCUAUUCGGACCGUCUCGACACCCAACUCCCAGGCCUCAAAUAUUCUGGACCCAUUCUCAGCAGCGACGGCAAACCGCUCCGGCCAUUCACGCUUCUAGACACCCGCCAGCACCUGCAAAAAGGCGUCUUCAGACCGGACCAUAAUCUGCCCACGAUGUCCAUUGACGAGUAUCUGGAGGAAGAGAAACGGAGGGGCGGGAUUAUCGAGGGCGGCGGCGAGCAGUCCGGAAUCCGACCGGAGCCCGAUGAGGACGAUCUUGAUAAGGCGGAUGAGGAGACGCUGAAGGCGCGUGCGUGGGAUGAGUACAAGGAGGACAAUCCCAAGGGGUCUGGGAAUACGCUGAAUAGAGGAUAGCUGUGACGAUCGUAUGGAAUAGAAUAGGAUAGUCUAUUUUAUCAGAUACCCCUCUGGUUCAGCCUUGCGGACCGAUUCAUGUCAGGUUCUGUCUUGGGAGGACCCUGCGUCGAUCCUUCGCACCAAAAUGAAACGAAACGCGAUCCCCCAGAUAUGCGUGUCAUGCUGAGAGCCGGUCGGGCGCUAGGUCGGGCCAUCUCGUCAACAUCAAUUCCAGCAGAGCUUUAGAGAGAACUUGGUAAGCCAGUGCAUCCAAAUGCAGCCCAUCCGUGAAAUACCCCUUCCUAAACUGCUUCGCCGUCUUCAGCCCACAUCCAGGUAACCUCUCCUCAUCAUACCUAUCCUCCGCC